AUGACCGAGCUCUACGCCUUCCUCAACAAGCGGGCCGUCGCGGGACUUCCGAGUGAAGUCAGCCGAAAGGGAGCAGAAGCAGUCGCCCCGCUGCCUUGUUACACGCAGAUCACCGCCUCGCAGAUGCUCAAACAGUCGACAGUUCACACUUUUGCGGACGAGGAGAAGAACUUGAAGCAAACGGAGAGCCUGCUCAAAGCGUAUGAAGCAAAAAGACGAUUGGAGAUUCGCGCACGAGUCGAGGAGAAGAACGCAAGGUUUUAUUUGCCGAAGCCCGCGAAGCUGAGUGGUGACCACGCCGAGGCCGCGACUUCGAAGCGCGCCAAAAGAGUCGCGGAAGGAGUCAGGAAAACCUCCUGGCUGGCCCGUCUCCCGCCGGCGUCCGAGGCUCUCGCAGCAGCGGCCUCCAGACAGCCGAGUCGCCGCGUAUCCGAGGGCCGACGGCGGAGCAGCGGCAGCAGCUGCUGUGGAAGCACCAGCGGCUUUCCCUGCUCGCGACGCGCGCUGGCGGCAGCUCUUCAGCGGCGAUCGUUUGCUGGGCGGCGUCCAACAGAGAGCGACGCAGGCAGCAGCCAAGAAGUCGGCGACGUGCCCUCCGCGCGAUCGGGAAAUCUGUCGCAGACGUCUGGGCCGUUUCAGCUCUCAAGCCGCGAGGCGCAGAGCGUCCUUUCGCGGCGUGAGACUCGGAGCACUUGCCAGCGAAAUGAGGGAGACGAAAACGAGAUUCGGACGGAGAGAUACGUGGGCGCCCUGCUGGCUGCCCCAGACGAGGCGCUGACGCAGCGGCUAAUUGAGUUGCUGUACCUCCGCUUGUACGACCGCAACUUGAAGAUCGAGGAGGAAAUUCAGUCGCUCCUUUCCAAGAUUUACAGCGAAGGUGACUGCCAAGAACUCGACACCAUCCCGUGGUGA